AUAACAAACUGAGCUCUCGCGAGAUGUCCGUGCUAGCUCGGUUAGUUAGCUAACCUCGAUAAGGUUGAAUUGUCUCGCGCUUGUUUCAUUGUAAAUUCUGUAAAACUCGGUGUUUUAUUUCGCGCUGCAGUGUGUGAAGCCGCAGACCCGUGAAAAGGCGCAUCUUCUGCGUGUGUGCGCAGGUUCCUAAUGAUGAGUUAUGCUGAAAAGCCAGAGGACAUCACUAAAGAGGAGUGGAUGGACAAACUGAACAAUGUGCACAUCCAGAGAGCCGACAUGAACAGACUUAUUAUGAACUACCUGGUGACAGAGGGUUUCAAAGAGGCUGCAGAGAAGUUUAGGAUGGAGUCGGGGAUUGAGCCCAGUGUGGAUUUAGACUCUUUAGACGAAAGGAUAAAGAUCAGAGAAAUGAUCCUAAAGGGUCAGAUCCAGGAGGCGAUCGCCCUCAUCAACAGUCUGCACCCGGAGCUGCUGGACACAAACCGAUACUUGUAUUUCCAUCUGCAGCAGCAGCAUCUGAUCGAGUUGAUCCGUCUCAGAGAAACUGAAUCGGCGUUGGAGUUCGCUCAGACGCAGCUCGCCGAGCAGGGCGAGGAGAGCCGCGAGUGCCUCACGGAGAUGGAGCGGACGCUCGCCCUUUUGGCUUUCGACAACCCCGAGGACUCUCCGUUUGGAGACCUGCUCAACAUGAUGCAACGUCAAAAGGUCUGGAGUGAGGUCAACCAGGCCGUUCUCGAUUAUGAAAACAGAGAGUCUACGCCCAAACUGGCCAAACUCCUGAAGUUACUGCUUUGGGCACAGAAUGAGCUGGACCAGAAGAAGGUGAAAUAUCCCAAAAUGACUGACCUGAGCACAGGGACCAUCGAGGAGCCCAAGUGAAACUACUGUGUGAUUAUGUCCAUAAUUUACCAUCUGUCAGUGACUCUGUGGCAACAAGGUAACACGUAUAAACUAAGAUGUUUUACAUAUAUCCCCCAUGAGACCAAACUGCGUCUUUACAUCACCUGUUUGUGAGACAGAUUUAGUAAAAACUCAGUUCUGCAAAUUCAGUUAAAUAUUCCAGAGAAUGAAAGUAAAACUCUAGGGCCGAGAACAUAGACUGUGUUUAGAAAUGGACAGAGCCAAACAGGAAGUGAUCAUGGGCACGUCCAGCUCCAUCGACACGUUAGAAAACUGUGUCCCCUCUGUCCCUGCGUCUGUCAGACUCUUUUUGGUCUUAAAUGUUCGUAUUAACCCUCUACAUGAUCCUGGCGUUUUUAUUUCAGUUUUGUGUCUGUAAAUCAAGAUAUGAACAUUAAUAACAGACAAAUCAGGUCCUUCUUUCCCCGAGGUCGCUCCCGUUAGCGUUAGCAACAGGUUUGAUUGACAGCUUUUAAUAUCCUCACUUCGGAUUGGCUCUUUAGUUGUUAUGAUACUCGAUACUCGCCUCUAAACCUGCUCUGGCCUCGAUGAGCUUCAUUCGGAGCUGAAGCUGUGGUGACGUCCCUCUCCCUCAGUCUCUUCUUUACACAGUCUGUGUUUGGGAAUCAGAAGGUUUCAGAACAGAACUCGCUGAAGUCUUAGUGAUAUUCAUCCUAAAAGAUCGAUUUUUCACAAAUAAAUACAAAAAUAUUCUGGGUUUAUAUGAUCGGUCUUUAUAUUGCAUUAAUAACUUGAACGAUAAUUUACACAGUUUAAAUUUAUACACGGGAUAAAACUCUUUUAUUACCACAAAACUGAAGGGUAGAUCUAGAGCGUUGGAUUCACUUGGGCCUUUUUGUGCUAAAAUCUUAUUGUAAAAGACACAACUUGUUUUGUUUAAAUGUUUAGGAGGAUAGAGCUCGUCAUUGAUCCACAGCUCACCCCAGAACAUAUUUUUGAUUCUCACUUAUCAAAAGAGGAGGGAAUUUUCUUAAUUUCUUGAAAAAUUAGAUCUUUUUUUUUCUUGUCGACGUGUGUCACAAGUACAAGAGUUUCCAAAUAUCUGGACUCACACGUCUCAGUCAGACACCAACAGAAAUGAUUUAAUCCAGCCGUCUAAACUUCUACUGAGUAAAAAUGAUGUUUAUUGUUUUAAGGCCGAGUUCGUUCUGAUGUUGAGUGUUUAGUUUGAGUCUUUGUCUCUACAGUUCUGUCUGAAUCUGAACACACAGGAGGAUUUUCAGAGUUGAUCUGUGUUUUACGUCCUGUAAAGCGACGACAGCACGUGCCCUGGAGACUUGAUCGUUUUAAACUCAAUUGACCUGAAUAUUAUUAUAUAUUUUAUUAUUUUUGAAAUGUCUCAGAUGUUAUUUAAACCCAAAAACUGAACAGAUUUGAUUUGUGAUUCAAGUUCACCAGAAUCGUUUGCAUUUUCACUUUAUGUUGCAUGUAUAUUUUGAGUGAGGUAUAAACCUUUUUGUAUUUUUUACUUCAGUUGAGAAACUUGCUGCUAGUUGUCUUGUUAUUUUUUAAGUUUUAAACAUUGCCAUGUAAAAAUAUUGAGACUUGAGAGCUUACAUCUCUUUUAUUAAUGAACAUUUUUAAGAUAAAAUUUGCUAUUAUUAAAAUAAAUUAAAGAUA